CGCCCGGCAUCCCCACCAGUCCCGUGGCUCCCGUGCUCCCAGCCUCGGUCGCUUCUUGCCCUGCUUGCAGGAGGCAAGGCAUGCUGAAAUAAAGAGAAACUUGUUCUGUGGCAGGAAAAGUCGUUUCUUCUGGCCAGGCAUUCCCAUCCUGGGAAGGAGACAGGAAGCAUAUUGCAUUAAAGGUGGCACUGCUCUCCUCUCCUCUCCUCUUCUCUGCUGUGCUCUGCUCGCCGCCCGUGCCGCGAUGCCGCCGCCGUGUCCCCGCGGGGCCCUGCCCGGAGCCUCCCUCCUCCUCCUCCUCUUCCUCCUCCUCCCGCUGCUCUGCGCGGCCCCCGAUGUUUCAAGGGGAAAUAAGCUUAAACUGAUGCUUCAGAAACGAGAAGCCCCUGCUGCUGCGAAGCCUGAGGUGUCAGUGAAAGAAACAGCAGCCAAGGAGUUCCUGAGCAGCCUGAGACGCCAGAGGCGCCAGCUGUGGGACAGGAGCCAGCCCGACGUGCAGCAGUGGUACCAGCAGUUCCUGUACCUGGGCUUCGAUGAGCAGAAAUUUGAAGAUGACAUCUCCUACUGGACCAACCUGGGGCGUGCUCGCAAUGAAUACUACGGUGGGUACUACCAGCACCACUACGAUGAAGAUUCUCCGAUUGGCCCGCGAAACCCACACACCUUCAGGCACGGGGCAGGCGUCAACUACGACGAUUACUAAUGCCAUUUACCCUGCUGCACUGGGCGAGGCUGAGCCCUCCCUCAGUCAGGAUGACCCUGCUUUUUCUUCUAUUCGUGUCAAACAGAAGGAGGAAAGGAUUUGCCAGACUUUGAUGAAAGCAGCAUGACUUUUUUUAACUAUCAUUACUUAGUAGUACACUAUAUAUAAAAAGUGUUAUAGAAAUAAAGCUUUUUUGAUAAUCAGGUUGCCAUUAUUUAGUAGACUUCAUAACAGCAAGUUUAAUUCCGUCUGUAUUACUACAGAUUCCUUUUUAAAGGGCUUUUUCUCUUGCUGUCCUACGAUCAAUUGCAAAAUUAUAUCAUCUACUUUGGCAUAUAGAAUACAUAAUAUUAGCCAGUACAUUUAAGAUGUGCCUUCCCAUUCACAUUU